AUGCCGAAGGCAUCGUACAGCCUCAUAAAUGAAGCACUGGUGAUAUCCGUAUUUAGCAACAAAUCUGGGGUUAAACGUGUGUUGAUUGAUCCAGGCAGCUCGACCAAUAUCAUCAGAUCGAGGGGCGUCGAGCAGUUGGGGUUACAGCUGGGGUUACAAGAUCAAAUAGUGUCGGCGGUCCGGGUGUUGAACCUAUUUAAUAUGGCAUAUGAAACUACUAAGGGAGAAAUAACCUUGCCAGUGAAUACCACCGGGACAACUCAGGAUACGAAACUCUAUGUCAUCGAAGGGGACAUGCGGUAUAACGCUUUAUUCGGAAGGUUAUGGGUUCACAACAUGAGUGCAGUACCCCCAACACUGCACCAGGCGCUAAAGUUCCUUAUGCCGGGAGGGAUUAAGAUGGUUUAUAGAGAGCAACCGACCGCAAAAGAAAUAUUCGCAGUCGACGAGGUGAUCCCAGUGCUCGUGAUCCCGACAUCAAAGAACACGGAGCUGACUAUGAAGGAAGAAAUUAAAUAA